AUGUUGUGUAGACGGAAUUACAAGAUCGUCAAGACGGUCCCAAUGUCCAUGGCUAUGGCUUCCCAUCGCGUUGUUGGAGGUAUUCGAUAUGCGAGUACCGACUUUAAGAGAGUCAUGGUCGCCAACCGUGGAGAAAUCGCGAUCCGAGUCUUCAGAGCCUUGGCCGAGCUCGACAAAAAGUCUGUGGCUAUAUACUCCGAACAGGUGAGAUGCCCGGGGUAUAGUCAUCAUACUCUUAAUGCACAUUUAUACCGUAUCUUUACAGGACAAAACCUCGAUGCAUCGUCAGAAAGCGAAUGAAUCUUAUCUCGUCGGAAAAGGAUUGGCCCCGGUUGCCGCCUAUUUGAACAUCGAACAGAUUAUCAAAGUGGCCAAAGACCAUGACAUCGACGCCAUUCAUCCCGGAUAUGGUUUUCUCUCUGAAAGAUCCGACUUUGCGAAGGCCUGCACUGAAGCUGGGAUUGUUUUCAUCGGUCCCCAUUACAAAGUAAUGGCCAGAAUGGGGGACAAAGUAGCUGCUCGUGUAGCUGCAAAAGAAGCCGGAGUUCCGGUGGUACCAGGCACAGAUGAACCAGUGAGUACAGCCGAGGAAGUGAAGGAGUUUGUCAAUACAUAUGGAUGCCCAGUCAUGGUUAAGGCAGCUUAUGGAGGUGGAGGCCGAGGAAUGAGAAGAAUCGACCGUCCUGAGGAUGUGGAAGAUGCCUUCAACCGGGCAUUCUCAGAAGCCAAGGCCGCAUUCGGUGAUGGAAGUUUGUUCGUGGAGAAAUUUGUGGAGAAACCCCGUCAUAUUGAAGUGCAGAUGAUUGGGGAUCAGCAAGGAGGUCUUCUUCAUUUGUUUGAAAGAGAUUGCUCAGUCCAAAGAAGAAACCAGAAGGUUGUCGAGGUUGCCCCAGCUCCAUUUUUGGACGAGGGAGCUCGUCAACGCAUGUUACAAGAUGCGCUCAAGUUGAUGAAACAUGUUGGAUACUCAAACGUCGGUGAGUUUAUUGAUUAUGAUACAAUUAUCGACGAUUCUUAUAGGUACGGUUGAGUUCUUAUUGGACGGGGCCGGCAAACAUUACUUUAUGGAAGUAAACGCCCGCCUUCAAGUCGAGCAUACCGUAACCGAGGAGAUCACUGGAGUCGAUCUGGUCCAAUCUCAGAUCAAGAUUGCGGAGGGGAAAUCGCUAAAAGAUAUUGGCCUGAGCCAAGACAAAAUCCAUGUGAACGGAGCUUCCAUUCAAUGCCGUUUAACCACCGAGGAUCCAGCUAAGAAUUUCCAGCCCGACUCUGGCCGCAUCGAGUUUUAUACUCCAGGAGAAGGUAUUGGAAUUCGUCUGGACACCGCUUCGGCAUACACUGGAUCCAUUAUCUCUCCACAUUAUGACUCUUUGCUAUUGAAAGUAAUCUCCAAAGGACCCGAUCAUGCUUCAGCUUCCGUCAAGAUGCUCCGCGCUUUGAGAGAAAUCAGAAUUAGGGGUGUAAAGGUAAAGGGAGUGAAAAUUAUCAAGCAUACGUAUUUAAGACAAACAUCCCUUUCCUUGUGAAUGUCUUGGAGCAACCGGACUUCAAGAAUGGCCCAGUGGACACCAGUUUCAUUGAUACCCAUCCGGAGCUUUUCAAAUAUGCUCCAUCAAAAAAUCGGGCUCAGAAAUUAAUCCGUUAUCUCGGAGAAGUCAAGGUAAACGGGCCGCAAACCCCUCUGGCAACUGAUCAGAAGCCAAAAAAAGUCACUCCUCUUGUUCCCCAAUUCGACCCACGUAGGUUAAGUAUACAGAUUCUAUCAAGUAAUCCAAUUGCAGAGUCAACUCCACCAAAAGGUCUAAAACAGAUUCUGAAAGAAGAAGGUCCUGAAGGCUUUGCGAAAGCGGUGCGCAAGAGUGGAUUCUUGUUGACGGACACCACCCUCAGAGAUGCACAUCAAAGUCUUCUGGCCACCAGAGUGAGGACCUUUGAUAUGGUAAAGAUCGCUCCAUUCUUGGCCCAAAAGUUCAAUAACUUGUAUUCAAUUGAGAAUUGGGGAGGCAAGUAAUCUGACCAAAGAUUUAUAAAAUAUUACAGGAGCUACCUUUGAUGUGGCCAUGCAAUUUCUGCACGAAUGCCCCUGGGAAAGGCUCGAAAGGCUUAGAGCGCUGAUCCCAAACGUACCCUUCCAAAUGCUUCUCCGUGGAGCGAAUGCUGUUGGAUAUUCUUCCUUCCCUGACAACGUUGUUUACAAGUUCUGCGAUCUCGCUGUGAAAAGUGGAAUGGACGUAUUCAGAGUCUUCGACUCUUUGAAUUACCUGCCUAAUAUGCAUGUUGGAAUGGAUGCUGUGGGAAAAGCUGGGGGAGUUAUCGAAGCCGCCAUUUCUUACACUGGGGAUAUCACGGACAAGAGUCGCACUAAGUAUGACCUCAAAUAUUACGUUGAAUUUGCGGAUCAACUGGUAAGGGCGGGAGCUCAUGUUCUGGCUAUCAAAGAUAUGGCCGGAGUCUUGAAACCAGCCGCUGCAAAGGUGCUGAUUGGAGCCAUUCGAGACAAACAUCCGGAGAUCCCCAUCCAUGUUCAUACCCAUGACACGGCCGGCACGGGAGUCGCUGCCAUGCUGGAAUGUGCUUAUGCUGGAGCUGAUGUUGUCGAUUGUGCUGUCGAUUCAAUGAGCGGAAUGACCAGUCAACCAAGUAUGGGAGCCGUGGUCGUAUCCUUAGAAGGAACUAAAUUCGAUACUGGUAAGGGAUAGAAGUAUGUAAUGAAUCACUUCAGGUCUCAAAUUAAGCGACGUUACUGCAUACAGCACUUAUUGGGAAAGCGUUAGGCAACUCUACGCACCGUUCGAAUGCACUGUCACCAUGAAGAGUGGAAAUGCAGAUGUUUUUAGACAUCAAAUUCCGGGUGGCCAAUAUACCAAUCUCCACUUCCAAGUAGGUCCUCGCGUAGUUGAAUAAAAACCUAUCUUUCAGGCACAUUCUCUUGGUCUUGGUGAUCGUUUCCAGGAGGUUACCGGAAUGUAUGCGCAAGCCAACGAAGCCCUUGGAGACAUCAUCAAAGUAACCCCCUCCAGUAAAGUUGUGGGAGACUUGGCCCAAUUCAUGGUGCAGAACAAUUUGAAUAAGGAGACCCUGGUAGAACGGGCAGAACAACUUUCCUUCCCCAAGUCGGUGGUAGACUUCUUCGAAGGUCAAAUCGGUCAGCCCCCUUAUGGAUUCCCCGAACCAUUGAGAUCCCGGGUCCUUAGAGGAAGAGAAGGACUUACUGGAAGACCUGGAGAAAGCCUUCCACCUAUGGACUUUGAUGCCAAGAAGAAGGAACUUGAAGAAAAACAUGGCCGACCUCUUCGGGAUGUAGAUGUAAUGUCUUCAGCCAUGUUCCCAAGGGAAUUUGAUUCAUUCGAAAAAUUCCGAGCAGAAUAUGGACCUGUCGACAGACUCAAUACCCGCGCUUUCUUUGUUGGAUUGGAUGUGGCUGAAGACAAUGAUGUAAGUUCACGUUUUGUUAUUUUGACGAAAAUGCCUUCAUUCCAGGUUGAACUAGACACCGGAAAAGUUGUGAUUCUGAAAUUGUUGGCGAAGAGUAAGCUGAAGGAAGGAGCUAUUCGAGACGUUUUCUUCGAAUUGAAUGGCCAAUCCCGGACUGUCAAAGUCAUCGAUGCAGAGGCGGCCAAGGACGUCAAAUCUCAUCCAAAGGCAACCCCAGGAAAUCCUCUGAGCAUUGGAUCUCCCAUGGUCGGCGAGAUUUUAGAAAUUAAAAUCAAAGAAGGAGAUACGGUCAAGCCAAAACAGACCUUGUUCGUCCUUUGUGGAAUGAAGAUGGAGAUGAAUGUAGAAGCGGUGAAAGGAGGCGUUGUCAAGAAGAUCUAUUUGCCAGUUGGAGCGAAGGUUGAAAUGAAUGACCUCAUCGUUGAGUUAGAGUAA